UAAUAACUGAGCUUAUAUAUUUAAGACACUAGUAUAUUUGCCUUUUUAAACAUGAAGUUAUCAUCAAUUGUUGCUGUGGCAUUGGCCCAAAUGAUUAGUUCAGUCUAUGCUCUUCCAGAAGGAUUAGUUGUUGAAACUUUAGUUCCAGUUGCUCCAGAAGACUGUUAUGCUAAGGUGGAAGUAGGUGAUACAAUUAGUGUCCAUUAUGUUGGAUCUCUUGAAGAUGGUUAUGUCUUUGAUUCUUCAAUUGAUAGAGGUCAACCAAUCACCUUUCCAAUUGGUGUAGGAAGAGUUAUUCCAGGUUGGGAUCAGGGUUUAAUUGGUUUAUGUGUAGGUGAAAAGGUUAAAUUAACUAUUCCACCUGAAUUAGCCUAUGGUGAACAAGGAGUUGGACCAAUUCCUCCACUGGCUACUUUAACUUUCGAAUCUCAAAUAGUUGGAAUUGAAGGUAAGAAACCUCCAGCACCUGAAGCUGAAGUUGAAGAAGAAGAAGAAGCAGAAGAAGGUGUCAAUGAAGAAGAAGAUGAAGAAGAAGUUCACGAUGAAUUAUAGUCAAACUUUAUAGUCUACUUCUCUCAUAUGUAAAUCAUAAGUGUAUUCUUCUACCAGCGAAUACUAAUAUACGACACAUAUUAUUGUGAAUUUUUUUUAUUAUUAUUAUUAUUAUUAUUACUACUAUUAUUAAGAGAAUUCAGAUGUCAAUCAAGUAUAUCCCAUCUGAUAAACAAUAUCAGUCAUACUUUCAAUUUGCAGUAAUUGCUAUUUUUGUGGGAUGCUUUUUCGGCUUGGGUUGCCUCACUCACACCAUCACCCCCAUAUUUUUCUCAAAGAUCCUCAGUCAUCUAACUAUAAGCUGUAUGAAGAGAUCGAAG